AUGCUCUCACAUAAUAGCCUGGUGAAGCAGAAGAAGCAGCAAGCAUCAGCGAUCAUGAGGGAAAUUCAUGGACACGGUGUAGAUGGCAUAGACCUGGGCAAAAAAGUCAGCGUCCCCAGAGACAUCAUGUUGGAAGAAUUAUCACAUCUCAGUAAUCGUGGUGCCAGAUUAUUUAAGAUGCGACAAAGAAGAUCUGACAAAUACACAUUUGAAAACUUCCAGUAUGAGUCCAAAGUACAAAUGAAUCACAAUCUUGCUAUGCAGAAUGGAAAACUGGAUGGCAACAACCAGGAAGGAGGCUUACAGCAAGCUCCAUUUACUCCUCCCAACACCCCAGACCCACGGAGUCCCCCAAAUCCAGACAGCAUUGCACCAGGGUAUUCUGGACCCCUAAAGGAAAUCCCUCCGGAAAAAUUCAACACCACAGCCAAGUACUACCAGUCGCCCUGGGAACAGGCCAUUAGCAGUGAUCCUGAGCUUUUAGAGGCUUUAUAUCCUAAACUUUUCAUGCCUGAAGGCAAGACAGACCUGCCGGACUAUAGGAGCUUUAACAGAGUGGCCAUCCCAUUUGGAGGUUUUGAAAAGGCAUCGAAAAUGGUUAAAUUUAAAGUUCCCGAUUUUGAGUUACUACUUACAACAGAUCCCAGGUUCAUGGCCUUUGUCAACCCUCUUUCUGGCAGACGGUCCUUUAAUAGGAGUCCUAAGGGAUGGGCAUCAGAGAAUAUUCCUAUUGUGAUCACGACUGAGUCGGCAGAGGAGACCACAGUUCCAGAACCUACCAUCCCAGAAUCAGAAGAUUUAUGA